CACCUCCAUAAUCAUUAUGCUUCAAAAAAAAAUAAAAAAUUCCAUAAUCAAUGUAUAUACUAGUAAGUGUUAGAUCUUCUUCCAAAUAGUAACUGGGAGAUCUUUUUUCUCCGAAACUCAUUUGAUACAACUUCGAAGGAGAAUAAACAGAACAUUGGAAGAUUUGGACUCAAAUGAUAUGGGAGAGAGACAUCCUUACCUGUAAAUAUGUCCCUCUGGAUUUGCUUAGAGUUGUGGAAGUCUAAUUUAUCCUUUACAACAAAUUUUUCAACGUACAAAAUUUGCAGCAUGGCAGCAUGGGGGAGGGCCUCGACUAAGUUGAACAAGGUGAGGCUACAACCUGUUUUUUUUCACUAACUCGGAAUCUGAAUCUGAUUCAGUACCUGACUCGAUCAAUAAUCAUUCUUCUGAGUGUCCCGAUGGUUGUCGACUGUCCAACAUCAGUUAUCACAUAACCCGUGUGUUCCACUCCAUGUUCUCCUUCAUUAAAUGGUGCCCACCCAUUUUUAGCUAGAGUCAGUAUUUGAUGUGGAACUUGAAGGGUUUGCAAGAACUGAUGAAAGUCAUGAAAUGAUUGUCCAGUACUAGAAUUGGUACAACAGAUAACCCAAUUAUAUGAGACUUAACUACCAUCUUACCAAUACCAUGAACAGACAUGUAGUUAGACAUUUUAUCUGAUCAAACACCCAGUGAGAAUAUGUGUUGAAAAUCUGUAUUGGCGCACCAUCCGUAGGAGGAUUUCAAUUGUCAAACCUUCUGGCUAAGUACGUACUCUAAACUUUGAAGCUCUAAAAAGCAUACAUUAUUGGCAUGUCUUACCGUUAGACACCUGACCUAAUGUGUCAAGGCUUUCGUACCAGUUAAAAUGUAUCAUGGGCUCAUGGGAUCCAUGUCCAACACAGCACAUGGCACACUUGAACUGGUACAAAAUCCAUGUCAUCUAGUGAAAAACAUCAGGUGUCAAACAGCAUACAUUAAAUCACAACAAAGGACAAUUAUAACAAGUUCCAUUGAAAACAAAAAGAAGAAAAAAAGACAUAUUGCAACGCGUAACAAUCAGCCACAUAAUGCAAUUAAUAACACCCACACAAUGACAACUUACAAAUCUCACACAGGAAAACUCUAAAACACUCACACCAAGCUUAUAGUUUAUCGCGGAAUCACAGAAAUUCUAACAUCUUACCUCGAGUAUGAGAGCCUGCUCCAUAAACAGCUGAACUAGCCUUGUUGGUAGUCAAAGAGCAAUAUUUUAUGGUCUUUUCUUUUGGUUGGUCACUUUUCUGCAGACUCUACGGAAGAAAACACUGAAAUUUGCACCAUAUGUUGGUCACUUUCACUUUCCAUAUUUUGGUUGGGAGUUUUUCUUUCCAUACUUAGAUAAGUUAAAUUCCAAGUCGGUUUCCUAUUCCCCUCGAGACUCUCCCAUAUGUUGAUGCCUAUAAAAAGCCGCAGCGUUAUAGGUUUUGUUAAUUUUUAUUCGAUAGAUGGCAGAACCUUCUGUCUCAGAAGAAUCUGAAAGUAUUUCUGUAAUGGUUGUAUCCGAAAAUACAGAAUCCGCAUUAGGUACCACCAAUUCAGGUAAAGAAUGUGCAUAUCCGAAGAAAAAAACUACUUGGUGCUCACCAAAAGUGUUGCUUUUGAUUUUUUGUUUGAUGAAUUUGUUGAAUUAUGUUGAUCGGGGAGUUAUUGCAAGUACUGGUGUUAACGGAACGCCUAAGGUAUGCAACGCAAGUGGUGAGUGUAUUGCUGGUAAGGGAAUUCAAGGAGCUUUCAACCUGACAAAUUUCCAGGAUGGUGCAUUGUCUACUGCGUUCAUGGUUGGACUUCUCGUAGCCUCACCAAUAUUUGCAUCCUUAGCAAAGAAUUACAACAAACCCUUUAGGUUAAUUGGAGUUGGAUUAUUGAUUUGGACCAUUGCUACAGCUUGCUGUGGCGUUACAUCUAAUUUUUGGAAUAUUAUUGUUUGUCGGAUGUUAGUUGGUGUUGGCGAGGCUUCGUUCAUGAGUCUGGCGGCUCCUUUUAUCGAUGACAAUGCUCCUGUCGCAAGGAAAACGUUCUGUCUUGGGCUCUUUUACAUGUGUAUACCAGUUGGAAUUGCAUUCGGGUAUGUUUAUGGUGGAUUUGUCGCUAGUCAUCUUAACUGGCGUUGUGCUUUCUUUGGAGAAGCAAUUCUAAUGCUCCCGUUCAUCUUUUUAUGCUUUUUCAUGGAGCCUUUGCAGUUAAAAGGUUUCGAAUCUGGCGAAGCAACGUUAACAACAUCUGUGCAAAUUGAACUGCACGAGGUUAAAAUUACAGAAGUUUCCGAGCAGGGGAAAGAUGUUGUCUACGUCUCAUCUGGAGGAGGGUUGUCCAAUAACAAGAUCUCAAGGAAAACAUAUCUGUCAAAGCACACAAUCAAACGGAUUUCAAGAUUUUGCAAGGACAUGAUUUGGAAAGACAUAAAAGUCCUAUUGUUUGAAAAGGUGUAUGUCGUUAGCGUUCUGGGCUACGUAGCAUAUACCUUCGUAAUAGGGGCUUAUUCGUAUUGGGGGCCGAAGGCUGGUGCCGAUAUUUAUCAUAUGACUAAUCCUGAUAUGUUUUUUGGGGUGAUUACGGUUUUCUGUGGAACAUGUGGAACGCUGGCUGGCGCUUAUCUCUUUGAUCGCAUAAAUUGCUCAAUCAAGAACGGGUUUAAGCUUCUUACUGCAACAACAGCUCUUGGAGGCGCAUGCUGUUUUGGUGCCUUUUGUUUCAAAAGCAUGUAUGGUUUCUUAGCAUUUUUCGUAUUGGGCCAGUUGUUUCUCUUUGCUGCACAAGCACCAGUGACCUUUAUUUGUCUUCAUAGCGUCAAGCCUAGUUUAAGACCAAUCUCUCUGGCGAUCUCUACAGUAGCUAUCCAUAUCUUUGGUGACGUUCCUUCUUCACCACUUGUUGGACGUAUCCAAGAUCAAAUCCACAAUUGGAGGACGACUGCUCUUAUUCUCACGUCUAUCUUUGGUGUAGCAGCAGCUAUAUGGUUGAUUGGAAUCUUUCUAGACAGUGUUGACAGAUAUAAUGAGGAAGACAAUGCUAGUACAAACACGGAGCCAGUGGCUGCCGAAAACACAGUUGAAAAAUUUGACGAGCAUUCUGAGAUCUGAUCUUUCAAGAAAGACAGUCGCCAGAGAACCAUUUCCAGCUAAAUGUGCACCAUCAAUGUUCGGAAGAAGCCUUUCAGUUAAUGAAAAUGAAUUACAGGGACAUGCUGUUCAAGAUUGACGUGAAAUUGUAACUCACUUUUACGUACUCAAUUAGGAACAGGGACUACUCGAGAUGACCCGACAAGCCAGAGGGGUGGAAAGAAGUGACAGAAACAUAUUUGGCUUGCAAAUUACUGGAAGUAUUAUCUGAGGCGAUCGAUCUUGAUGAAGAAGCUCUUACUGAAGCUUGUGUUGAUAUGUACCAGAAAGUGGUGGUUAAUUUUUAUCUAAAAAGUUACCCGUUCGACGAUUCUAUGACAUUU